AUGUACGGUCACUCCCUUCGCCUUCCUGGCGAGUUUCUUGGAGCCAACAGCAGCAUCAACGACACUCUCGAUCCAGCUGGUUUUGUAGUUGUACUUCGACAACUACGGGACAUCAAGCCAACUGGAGGCUCUCGUCAUGGAUCUAAGAGGAUAUUUGUCUUCAAGGAUCUUGCAACAACCGAGCAAGUCCUUGUCAGACAUAAUGCACCGAAACAACCACUUCAGCAACCAUACGAUGGCCCCUUCAAGGUCGUAAAAAGGUUCGAGAAGACCUUCCUCGUCAGCAUCAAUGGUCGUGACAUUAAUGUCUCGAUAGAUCGCCUGAAGUCAGCUUACGUUUUGGCUAAUGAUCCUGAGGCCAUUGUCCAAUCAUCUCGAGAUACCAGCAUCCAGGAGGAUGCACCUUCUAAGCAGAUAGCAACACCAGAACAAGAGCAGAAUUCGAUACCACACUCUACAAGAUCUGACAGACGCGUACGGUUCCCUGAUCGCCUACAGGAUGGUUUUUCGUAA